AUGCCACUUCUAACUGGCAAUUAUUUAAGAGGGAUGCGCCAAUUAUGGCAAAACGUUGAGUUUCUAUUCAUAGAUGAAAUUUCUAUGGUACCUUAUGAGAUGCUUUGCAUGAUUGACUCUCGUUUGCGUCAACUGAAAAGCCCGGACGCUUGUUUUGGAGGCAUAAAUGUUUUACUCUUUGGUGAUCUGAUGCAGUUACCACUUGUCCGAGGACAUCAAGUAUUUCAACAACCAGAACACAUGAAACCCGUUACACAUUUGUGGCGGCAAUUCCACUUGGUUGAACUCAAACAAAACAUGCGCCAACAAGGAGAAACGACAUUUAUAGAUGUGCUUAAUGCCCUAAGAAUUGGAGAAUUGACGUCUGACCAUCUCGAAGUUCUUCUUGGAAAAGUGUCAACAGAUACGACUAAUGAAUUUUCAAUUGAGAGAGCGUUAAGAAUUUAUUCAACGAAUGACCAAGUUGCUAGACAUAAUGAAAAAGUUCUCCAGAGUUUUGAGGAUAAAGGGACUCUUAUUUAUACAAUUAAAGCACAAGACCAGCUCGCUGAUGCUACACGAAACUUAGGUAAUAGGGACUUAAAUUCUGUGAUACCUAAUGAUAUAAAUAAAACAGGAGGUCUUCCCAAUGUAUUGAAAAUAUUUGUGGGAGCUAAAGUGAUGUUAAGGUCGAAUAUUGACCUGUCAAAAGGUUUAGUGAAUGGUAACAUGGGUUUUAUUACAGAAAUCAUCUGGCCAAAUUUUCGUAGGGACCAACUAUAUGCAGAAGACAUCCCGUCAGUCCGUAUCGAUUUCGGUUCAGAUGGUGUACACUUGUGUACUAAGCCAAUAUCGAUACAGUUUCCAGCAAAAUACAGCUAUGGAACUGCUGAGAGACGAAUGUUGCCAUUAAUCCUGAGUUUGGCAUAA